AUGGAAACUUGGUUUUGGAUUCUUGGCUGGUCUCUCUCUAUCGUGACCAUAAGUGGAAAUGGAUCUAUUAUCUUCAUUGUUUGUAGCAGAAGGCGGCUCCGAACCAAAACCAACGCGUUUAUCGUUUCUCUUGCGGUGGCAGAUUUCUUUGUUGGAGUGACCACUUUCCCUUCAUUGUUCUUCUGCCCAGAAGAAGGUGAUUGCAACAGGUUAUCUAACGAUUUGAGGAACUUAUUCCCAUUCGCCUCAGUGGUAAACCUAUGUACUUUAGUCCUGGAGCGUUAUGUUGCUGUCGUAAUGCCUUUCAAAUAUUUGACUUUUAUGAAACGUCGCCGCGUUUUCCUGGUGAUUUUCAUCUCUUGGGCGAUUCCAGUUAUAACUACUUUGGCUUUUUUCAGAAUGAACUGGCUUUGUCCAAGCCAGCGUCCACUAUUUGAAAUAUUUAUUUCGCUGAAUAUAUUUUUUUUGGCUUUUCUGCCAUGCUGUGGUCUGGUCUUUUGCUUCGCUUCAAUGCUAAUUGUUGUUAACAAGCACGAACGAGCAGCUCGUGUCUUAGCAAAGCAGCUCCACUUUAAUCAUCGAUUUCUGUUCAAAAUCCAGGAGAAAUCUGCAGUUAAAAUGAUGGCAAUUGUUAUAGGAGUUUUCCUUCUGGCGAACACAUUUGCUUUACGAUGUGGUUUUAUAUUAAUAUUCAAAACAGGAAAAACAUGUGAUGAUGAAGAAUAUAAAAUACCCCUCCUUGUUUUAAACUCUGCUAUUAACCCCAUUGCGUACGCCUUCUACAAGCGGGAUAUAAAGAAGGAGAUGAAAAAAUGUAUUUUCUGCGUCAUCUAG